AUGCGCGUCGACCAGCUCGUCACUCCGGACGACAGCACGGCUGCGCCGCCGCCCAAAGAUGACCGGGCUGCUCCCAGACACGAGCCUGCGCCUGCACCGCCGGUGACCAAACACACAAAUCAUCACACUCAUGUCUUCCAACUGAGCGGCGCCGACCCUCGUGGUGAUCGCAACGGGUCGAAAGCCUUUGCUCACCAGCCUGUUCAUUUUGGUGCCUAUCGCUCUUACACAGGCCCCGGCGCACCUCCCGGCCCACCACCUCACAGCCCAUCUCAGUAUCAAGGCACGCAGUACACCUUCCAGAGCAUCCAGAACCCGCCGCAGCACACGUAUCAAUUUCAGCAGCAGAAUCCCGCAGCCUCGCCUGUAAUUCGGCGUCGGCGCCCACAAUCAGCUCGCUCCCUCGAUUCUCCGGAUUCGCCUGCCAAACCCGCUAAGCGCGCCAGCACCGGCCAGAUGCCACCGGCCAACACCUUCCCGUCGCAAGACACCAACGGCGCUAACACCACCACUGACAGUAGCAAUGUUGCUAAUGGCAGCACUCCCAACAACAAUAAUGUCGCCUGCUCAGUCGUGCCUGGAAAUCGCUCGUUCCCCUGCCCCCUCAGCAUCUACGGCUGCACUUCCACUUUCGGCUCCAAGAACGAAUGGAAGCGCCACGUCAACACCCAGCACAUGCGCAUGGGCUUCUGGCGAUGCGACAUGUGCAAGAAUGGCGAUCGCAAGCCCAACGACUUCAACCGAAAGGAUCUCUUCAUCCAGCAUGUGAGACGAAUGCAUCCACUGUCGGCCACUUCACCCGCCACUGCCGGCUUACCCGCACCCUCCAAAUCGUCAAAGGAUGGCGAAGACAUGCAAUUGCUGCAAACGGCUGCCGCACGAUGCUACAAGGCUUUGCGCCACCCGCCAGAGGAGAGCUGCUGCCUCUUUUGCGAUCGCACGUUCUCUGGAGAGGGCACUUGGGAUGACAGAAUGGAGCAUGUGGGACGCCAUCUAGAACUCAUACGCCGAGCGAAUGAUCAGCCACCAGAGUCCAAGGACUGGAGAGCUGAUCAACCUAUGGAGAAGUGGUUGGCGAGCUACCAAGUCAUUGUGCCAAACGGCGAUGGCUGGAUUCUUGACGACCAACAGCUGACGCAGAAGCCUCCGCGCCGCGCGAGCAGCAUAGCUCAGCUUCCUAAGCCAGUCUUCCAAACUGGACCUCAUCAGGGCAGCCCUGUCGCACCGCAGUAUGCGCCAGCAACAGCGCCUGUCUCUGCAGCUGCACCUCCAUCUGCGCCCGCGCCAGCUUUACCACCUCUCAGAGUUGUGCCAACUCCUGCGAAGUACCAGCAAGCUCCAGCUCAACCAAUUCAACCAAUUCAGCCAGUUCAACCCGUUCAACCCGUUCAGCAGCAAGUCCAACCAGCUCCACCAGCUCAGGUCCAGCCAGCUCCCCCGCAGGCUGCGCCCGCUCCACCAAAGGCUGAGCCUCUGCUGCAAAUCAAGCGCGUGCAACCUCCUGCGCCUGCCGCUGCCCAGCCUCAGUCAACACCCCGCGGAAGACAGUCCUCGCCUGAUCGUUUGUUCAGUGCCUUCGAUGAGCCCGGUGAGCAGCCUGUGAAGUCCGAACAAAGCAGCUCGGCUAGUACGUCUCCUGGAACCAAUGCCGACAGCCAAGCGCAGACGACUGGUACAGACGUGACUGAAGCCACUGAAAUCGCUGUCAAGCCGAAAGUCUCGACCCGCAGCAAGGGCAAGCGAAAUGCAGCUAAAGAGCAGGCUGAAGGCGGUGCAGAGGAUGAGGAUCCAUAUCUCUCGCUUUUCCAGACUAUUCCCAAGCGAAAAAAAGGCACGGCCGCUGGCGAUGACGACGACGAGGAAGAAGCUGAGCCCGAGUCAUUCGAAGACUCCAACACUAUUGCCGGCGGCUCGCAACGUACCUCUCGCAAGCGUCAAGCGUCACCGGCUCCCAGUAGCAACAGCUUUUGUGGCAGUCUGAAGGAUCGCAUCUACUCCGGGUUCCAGAAGGCGGUGCUUGGUAUGGCGACUUCGGUGUCGCGCUUGUUUGUGGAGCCGACCGAUGGCCAGCCUGGUGGGGUUCAGCGAAGCACUCCUGUCGCGAAGAGAACUCGCACGGCACGGGCGCAAGAGAAAGCUGUCAAUGGAGAAGAUGACGACGAGACGUUCGAGCCGGUACGCAAGAGACAGCGCCGCGGUCGUAAGGAUCGUGGAGAUUCUGCGCUGAGGGAGAGCUCUACAUCGUCGCUGUCGAUGAGCACGAGAUCUAGUGGACGUGUCAAGGACAGCGUGAUUGAGAAGGGUGUCAUCUCUUCGCGCAGCUAA